AAUACGUGUUCAUUGCUGUUUUGUCGUCUGUUCCGCGUAAAGGAUCGUGUCAGUGUUCGUUAGACGUGCUGGGAAGAUCCUUGGACGUUGUACGAUGCUCGAUAAAAGCACACGUUUCGUUACGUGAUGGGGAAAUUGAACGGGUGCCUGGUUUUCUAGCUAGUCACGGUCCCUGGCUAUCAAUAGACACCUGUCUAUACGGUGACGACGAAACCGAGAACGUUCGCGUUGGAUAAGCGGCUGUUCUGCCCGACAUGCCUCCCAGAAGGAACAACUGUGGCCUUCUGGCCAGGGUGAACUUUCCCCUGUACACGCUGCAGAUGAUCACGAGCAGGCAUAUUCUCGUUGGUGGUGGUGGCGGUUCUUCGAAAACAGGGGUGGCUAAUGGAUUUGAAAUAUUCGAACUGUCUCACAAUGGAUCUCAGUUUGUCGCAGAGGAAGUAACCAGGCACGAAACAGGCCCUAGCGUCGUUAUGAAUUGCACUGCUUACACGGAUGGCAAGCGAACGUGGAUCGCGGCUGGCCAGGAGAGUCACUGUCAGUUGUACAACGUGAAUACUAAAGUGAUAACCGUAGAGAAUGGAAAAGUUAUCGAAGGAUCUAGCGACGGUGCCAAGGAUGGCCUUAGGCAGAGGAAAGGUGCGGAGAAAGCAGAGGAAAAUGUUACUUCGAAGGAAAGGAUAGAGGAAAUUAAAGACGAUAAUUCCAAUAUUGAAAGCAAGAAGUUACAGCUGAAAGUAAAGCCAGCAGACAGCGUACAGACUGAUUUUAGCAAGGAUGAACCGCUCCAGAGGAUCGUUAGAAUAAGUUUGAACGGAAAAUUUAUGGCCACCGGUGGAACGGACUGUCACGUGAGAUUGUGGAAGUUCCCGCAGUUACAUAAACUGCACGAUCUCGAAGCUCACACGAAGGAAAUCGACGAUAUAGAUUUUAGUCCGGAUUGCACGCUGGUCGCGAGUAUCGCGAAGGAUGGUAAAGCCUUUCUGUGGAAUGUGAACAGCGGUACCAAAGACAAGGAGUUAACUUGGACGCCUAUGGAUGGUUUGAAGUACAUGUACAAAAGGUGUCGGUUUCGUAAAUUAGAGGAGGAGAAAUCGAAAGCGCAGCUGUUCAUGCUGUCUAAUCCGGUGGUCGGGAAGAAUCCUAGUUUCCUACAGAUGUGGGACACCGAUUCCGGAAGUAUAAUAAAAACGGUCCCGUACAAAGAGACUUUGUCCGCUCUGGCGGUGUCGGACGACGGGAAGUUCGUGGCUGUUGGCACGAUGUUUUCCGGUAGCGUCGAUAUAUACGUUGCGUUCAGUUUGAGGAGGGCAUUGCACGUGCCUGGUGCGCACAGUAUGUUCGUGACUGGCCUAGAAUUCUUGCCAACUAAAUUGGACGGUCUUGAAAUCACCAGUAAUACGGAAACGGCUGUUGUUAGCAUUUCCGUGGACAACAAAAUCUGCAUACACAGCAUACCGUUCAGACAUACACUGCCAUUCUGGUUCGUCAUCAUAAUGAUCAUUUUGAGCGUGUGCGGUGCGUUCAUUUUUUGUAGUUACCUCGGGAUAUGACCCGAGAAACAUAUUUUCGAGACUAUCCAGAGAAGCAGUACUUUUUCCAGAAUUCUGUAAGACAGUACCGGACAUCGAAGUUUUUCCACAUGCCUUUUCUAGGUCGUAAAACUUAUUUAUAGCGAGCGAAGAGAAAGACGUAGUCCGUUGAAAAUUUUUUCGUGAUGUUCGUUCGUAAACGUAUGUGCACGAUCUCGGUGACGAUACACACGAUUGUCUGCUAUAUAUUUGCCAGCAAAUGGAUCGACGUCGCGUAUAUUUAUGCAACGUCGAUCGACACGGGGUGUUGCUGUGAUAAACACUUACACUACACUAGACGAACCGCUCGACAAACAUUACUGUAAAUAGAUAUUUUGAAUUAGAUCUUUUUUUUUUUUUAUUUCUAAUGGACUGUUGUUGCUCAAUGCUUUCCUUCGAUUAUAAAAUGCUUUCCACAACUUCGAGAUACUAAUUUCCAAUGGUUUGUGCACAGAACGUUCGACAGAAUCUUCUGGCUAAUUGCAUUUAUUUAAUUUACUGUCUAUGUAUCAUAUUUCCGUGUACAGCAGAAGGUAAACAUCAAAGCGUAACACUUUAUGUACAUUCUUUAACAUUAAAUAUGUUUCGAUACAUUUUUAUUCCAUUAACUUUCGUUAUUUUUUUUAUCGAUAUUUCUUAAGAGAAUAACUUUGAAUUCAUGGUAUUAUAUUCAUGGUUAACUCGUUCCGUAUAAAUAGCAGAUCCACGCGUCGGCACGGUAUUUUAGUAUUUCCUCGUGCGUUAUAAUUUUUCAUAGUACGAGAGGUUGCCAUAGAAAAAGUAUCCGUUUCCAGAAGUGUUUCAUCGUGACAUAAAUCAAAGUUGUACAACUGGGUUGUGUAUAGGGCUACGAAUAUGUACA